GCAAAGUAAACUCAGAAGCGACUUGAACCGCCAAGAUGGAGGUUCCGUGCAAAAUAUUAGCGGUGUGCUUGCUGCUCGUCGGCGCUCAGGCGUUCGAGGCAGUUCAGCCAGCCAAGAGCUCCAAGGACCUCGGCUGGCAGUCCCUCUUCUUCGAUGCUGUGACUGGAAACCUGCAGGAGCCUCCGGCUGAUGAGCUCAUUGACAUGGAUGAGUGCACUGCCCUCUACACCGUGGAUAACAUUGAGAUUCUGUUGACGGCUGGCUACAAGAUUCAUCGUUGCCUCAAAAUUGAUUCCCGCGAUAUCGAAAGAUAUUUGCAGCGAGAGAAUGCCAUCUACAGGAAGCAAAACUUCGAAAGGGAACUGAUUGACUGCGCACUUAGCAAUUCGCAGACCGAUUGCUACGUGGAUACCGUUUUGAAUCUGUUCAGCUCGGUGCGUCCCAGCCGCUACGAUCAGCGUCGCCGCAAGGCCUGCGUUUGGCGUGAACUGCAGAAGGCUUUCGUUAAGCUGGACAAUGCUUCCCUGGAUCUGGCCAUUUGCAUUGCCCAGUCGCAGCCCCAGCCACAGCCGCCCCAGAACAGCACUGUGGCUCCUCCGCCGCCCCAGAACACCACUCAGUGGCCCAGUACCUAUACCACUCCCAAUUUCACCACCACUGUGGAUCCGAGCUGGACCCGCACCACUCCCAACUUUACCACCACUGUGGACCCCAACUGGAACUGGACCACGCCCAACUAUACCACCACUGUUACCCCGAACUGGACUGAUACUACUCCCAACUUUACCACCACUGUGGAUCCCAACUGGACUCGUACCACUCCCAACUUCACCACAACUACCUCUACCACAGAGAUCCCUUGCAACACUUCCACUACCCAGUGGCCCACCACUCCCAACUUCACCACCACUGCAGGUCCAUGGCUGAGCUCGUCCUGGGGAAAUACCACCCAGGGACCAUCUUGGGAAGGCCCGACCCUGCCUCCAUGGUCGGGAAACAACACUACUAACGGCCCUUGGGGAAACGACUCCACUCAGGGUCCCUCAGGAAACAAUACUGAUUUACCUCCAUGGUGGGGUAACAACACGGAUCUACCUCCAUGGUGGGGAAACAACUCCACUCAAGGUCCCUCCGGAAACACCACCGAUCUACCUCCCUGGUGGGGAAACAACACUACUUCCGGUCCGUGGGGAAAUAACUCUACCCAGGGUCCCUCAGGAAACACCACCGAUCUGCCUCCAUGGUGGGGAAACAACACCACUAACGGCCCUUGGGGAAACAACUCUACUCAGAGUCCCUCCGGAAACUCCACCGAUCUGCCUCCAUGGUGGGGAAACAACACCACUUCCGGUCCAUGGGGAAACAACUCUACCCAGGGUCCCUCGGGAAACACUACCGAUCUACCUCCAUGGUGGGGAAAUAACUCUACCCAAGGUAACUGGAACACCACUGCCUGGGGCAACUCCACUGCGGGACCUAACUGGAACAGCACCACCCUCUCUCCACCAAAUUGGAACAACACCACUUCCUGGGGACCUAUCGUUAACAGCACCACCGAAGGACCCAACUGGUGGAACAGCACCACUCCGAAUCCCUGGCAGGGAAACUCAACCCAGGGACCCUGGAACACAACCGAAGGUUGGUGGAACAGCACCACCCAGGGCUGGAACAGCACCACCGUCGACGACAGGAACACCACCAGCGGAAACUGGUUCGAUCGCCUGAUGAACGAGCUUGGAAACCUCUUCUAGACCCCUAAAAAGCCAAGAGAAGCACAUCCCAAAUGUGUUUAGUAGUCUAAGCUUUAGGCCAGCAAAUAAAUAAACUUAUCAGCAUUGAAAA